UGAUUCUAGUUCUUUCUAUCUCUUCGGUUUGAUUCCUGCGAAGGAGUCUGAGAAGCGACUGGCUAAGUUUACCUCGCCAACGAGGACCAAGGCUAUUAAAACACAAAAACAAGUUGCUGCCAACUUUACUAUGUGACAACAAUUUGUGGACGGAAUAAGUGUGUCAGAAAUCGUUUAUUAGCGGAACAACCAUUAAAAUGGAGAAAAAUGAAGAUGACAAUAAUAAAAGUAAUGACAACAGUAAAAAGAAAGAAGACAAUCUUCCUUUUGGUAGCAAAGAGAACGCCAUUACAGUAUUGAAUGAUCUCUUUAAACACGGACAGAAUCUUCCUUUUAAUAGCAUUUUGGGCACAUCUAUAGACGAACGUCAAUCUAAACUGGAUUCAGCGCUCGAAUUGACAGAGACUUUCCUUAAGAACAAACCUUCGAUAGUUGGUUGGUUACGUAGUAAUUUAUUUGAGGAAUCCAACUUUAAUGUACCUAUGGCAUUGUUAUUCAUCGCAUUGUAUGAGCAACAUUCAUUACCUCAGAUGGAGACAGAAUGUGACUUUAGUGAAGUGUACCAGUUUCUUUAUAAAAUGACGACGAAUCAACCAGUACCACAACUUUCAUAUAAUUCCACGAUCGUAUUACACAAACUAUUAUCAGAAAUAAUAGACGAGAUAUGGCCAAACACACAACCGGAUCUUCUGAGAUAUCUAAGAAUGCCGGAUAAAAGAAAAUAGCAGAAACUGUUCGUCUUAAUUAAUUAAUUAAAAAAGAUCUAGUAAAAUGAUAGAAAUUGUAGAUUUAUAAUCUUGAAUUCUUCAAAUUUUUUAAUUUUUUUUUUGGAGUUUGAAUAUUCGAAAUCCUGGAAAGAAUUGUAAGACUUGGAAAUAGAUUACGAUUUUAUAUUUA